AUGACCUGUGUUUUACACCGGCUUUACAACUUACCUGCUGUCCGACCAAACGGAAAUUACCGCACUACGCCGGAAGUUUACUCGUUUCCAAGGCAACGGCUCCGCCACCACUCCCUCCAGGUGGCCGGAGUCGGGACGCUGGAAAGCGACUCAGAGGAAAGGGCUUCCGCCGACGGCGGCCGCCGCCACAGCGACUCGCGGGGAGUAGUAAAUGAAGACGGCGGCCGCCGUACCAGCCAUCAUGCGUGGAAGGUAAACGGCCGACACGGUUCUCACGGCGCCCAUUCCAGGGGAAGAGUUGCCGAAGCCCAGGGACUUUGUCUCGCCGACAACAGGGAGAGAAAACGUGAAGAAGGCGACAAUCGCCUCAAGGUCUCCUUGGGAAGAGUGGGUGAAGACGUCGGCUUCUCCCGCAGGGACUCGCGGAGAGUCGUUGGAGACAUAGGCCACCACCGCUGUGCCUUUCGGGAGAGAGUCAAGGGAGAUGGUGGUCACCGUCACAGCAGCUCUUGGGUGAAAGUGAGGGGAGACCGCGGCUUCCCCAGCAGCGACUUGAGUUCAAGUGACGUCGGCGACCCGCACUCGAGCGACUCUGGUGCUACAGUCAGAGACCACAACCGCCGACUCAGUGGCUCUUGGGAGAGAGGGAGUGUGGAUGGUAGCCACUACCCCAGUAGUUCUUGGGACGGAGUAAGUGAGGACCGCGGCUAUGUGGCCAGCGACUCCUCGGGGGUGAGCGUUAGCGAAAACGCCGGUCGCCGUCUCCGUGGCUUCCGGGAGAGAGAAAGUGAAGACGAAGGUUCCCGAGGUAGGGUUUCUUGGGAGAGAGCAAGCAGGGAGGACUCUGGCUACCGUCCCAGCGACGACGACGAAGACGGCUGCAGCCGCUACAGUGGCUCCUGGGUGAGAGCAAGUGAAGACCGCCGCAGCAGCAGGGGCCUGGAUUCCACUCCUCCCGGGAGUCUGAGGGAUUGCACCAUGCCUGGGGUGGCCAAUUCGGGCCCUUCCUCUUCCUUUAAGGAGACUGCAAACACGUGUGCCAGGAAGAAGGUACAUUUUGGUAGCAUUCAUGAUGCAGUACGAGCUGGAGACGUAAAGCAGCUUUCAGAAAUAGUGGAACGUGGAGCCAACAUUAAUGAAGUUGAUGUUCUCCAUAAAUUUACCCCUUUGCAUUGGGCAGCACAUUCUGGAAGCUUGGAGUGUCUUCAUUGGCUGCUGUGGCAUGGAGCUGAUAUCACACAAGUAACCACAAGAGGCUGGACAGCAGCUCACAUAGCUGCAAUUAGAGGUCAAGAUGCUUGUAUGCAGGCUCUUAUAAUAAAUGGAGCAAAUCUGACAGCUCAAGAUGAUUAUGGAUGCACUCCUUUACAUCUUGCUGCAACUCAUGGACAUUCUUUCACUUUACAAAUCAUGCUCCGAAGUGGAGUGGAUCCUAGUGUGACUGAUAAGAGAGAAUGGAGACCUGUACAUUAUGCAGCUUUCCAUGGGCGGCUUGGCUGUUUGCAACUUCUUGUCAAAUGGGGAUGUGGCAUAGAAACUGUGGACCACAAUGGAAACCUUCCAGUUCACUUAGCAGCCAUGGAAGGCCACCUUCAUUGUUUUAAAUUCCUACUCAGCAGAAUGAAUAGUGGAACACAAGCUUUAAAAGCCUUCAAUGAUAAUGGAGAAAAUGUAGUGGACCUGGCCCAGAGGUUUUUUAAACACAAUAUUUUACAGUUUAUCCAGGGGGCUAAAUAUGAAGGAAAUGAUUUAGGAGAUCAAGAAGCAUUAGCAUUUCCAGGUCAUGUGGCUGCCUUUAAGGGUGAUUUGGAAAUGCUUAAGAAAUUAGUAGAAGAAGGAGCAAUCAAUUUUAAUGAACGUGAUGAUACUGGAUCAACUCCUAUGCAUAAAGCUGCUGGACAAGGCCACAUAGAAUGUUUGCAGUGGUUAAUUAAAGUGGGAGCAGACAGUAAUAUUACUAACAAAGCAGGGGAGACACCCAGUGAUGUGGCUAAGAGAUUUGCCCACUUGGCAGCAGUGAAGCUACUAGAGGGGCUGCAGAAAUAUGAUAUAGAUGAUGAGUAUGAUAUUGAUGAAAAUGACCUAAAGUUUUUUGUAAGGCAUGGUGUUGAGGGAAGCACUGAUGCCAAGGAUGAUUUAAGUCUGAGUGAAUCAGAUAAAACAGAUGCUAGAAUGAGAGCUUAUAACAAAAUUACAGAAUUGAGACACCUUCUGGAAAUUGCUGAGAGCAACUAUAAACAUUUGGGUGGGAUAACAGAAGAGGAUCUAAAGCAGAAGAAAGAACAGCUUGAAUCUGAAAAGACCAUCAAAGAACUGCAGGACCAGCUGGAGUAUGAACGACUCCGUAGAGAGAAAUUAGAAUGCCAACUGGAUGAAUAUCGAGCAGAGGUGGAUCAACUUAGGGAAACAAUGGAGAAAAUUCAGACCCCCAAUUUUAUGGAUAUGGAAGAUGACUCAUGUGAGUCCAGCAAAGAGAAGAGGCGAGUGAAAAAAAAGGUGCCUUCUGCGGGAGUGUUUGUAAGAAGGAAUAAGGACUCAAACAACAAAUAAGUUGUGAUUCCUGCGCUCCUGAGUCUAGGAGAGUUCAUGAAGUAAAUGGAUCAUUGGAAGUGAUCAUUGGAAGUACAGCGAAGUGACACAUAGAGAAGGUUCAAGCUGUUGUUGGAGCACACGGGAAGCGUUGGGAAGACUAUGUCAAUUAAAGCAAGAACCCUUUUCCCUUCCUGUGAUCUUUGCCAAAGAGAUGUGGGGUGACUGGAAAAAGGACACUUGACCUUCAUGUGUCAUGGUAAUAACCAAAAAUUGAAAGUGGGGAGAUGGUUCUGAAAUUUCUGAGCCUAAAUUAGUGGGACAUAGGUUAUGAAAUGAGGAACUAUGCAUCUGACUGACAGCCCUUCAAAAACAACAAAAACUAACAGCAAACUAAGACUCUUCCUUUGUCAUUUAUUUAAUGAUUUGUUACAGGAUACAAAUUGUUGUGGUGAUAUAAGAUAGAUCUGAGUUGAGAAGAGAAUGUAGAAAAUACUUUAGGAGUUUAAAACAUAUUUGAUGUUUUUUCCUUGUUGAUUUUUUAAAUUCUCAGCAACUGGCUUAACAUGACCUGACUAUUCCAAGGUGGCCAUUCACCCUUUUAGAGCAAAAUAAAAAAAUUUUAACUUAUCACCAGCUAACAAAACAGAAGCAUGGAAGUGGAUGAGGGAAAACAAUGACUCCAUUUCAUUUUCCAGUUCUGCUUGGAAUUAGCUCUAGUGGCAAAGUUAAGAAAUUUUUAAGUGAGGGAUUUUUUAAAAAUCAACUUUUUUCUUAUAGUUUAAGAAAUCCAUUUCCUUAAUUGAGAAGAGAAAAAGGAGAAGUCUUAAAAGCCCUGAAAGGCCGUAUAGAUUCAGCUAAUUCUGUAAACAUCUUUUGCUCAAAUAGACACAGACGUUGUUGAGAAGAUGAAAAGACUUAGCAAUUCAGUAGCACAGAUAGAGCAUGAGGUUCGUGAAUUAAAUAGGCAGAAUACAAGCCAAAUUAUUAAGGAAACCCUUUGAAGAGAAGCACUAAAUCGACAAAUGCCAUUUCCAUAACUAUCAAAAUUUUGAAAAGAAGGAAAUAAAAACGGAAAGAUGAGUUUCACAAAGUGAGAAAGAGCAUCUCGUGGGGGAUGUCAGUGGUGCUGGCUUAGCCUCUUAAUGUUUGUGCUGCUGCUGUGUCUCUACCUGGGUCGGAAACCUGCAUUUGAAGGCACAGCUGUGUUGAAAAGACAGCUUCAUUACUUAGGAAAGGAAACUGUCCUUGUAGCAACCCUGGCGGAUCCCUCCCUAUCCAUUAUUCUUUAACAACUAGCUCAAGGUCAACAAAUGAAUAGUUCACUGAGGCUAAUUGUGCAAUAAGUGCAAGAGGCAACAUGUUGGUGGGAUUCCCUGUCCCAUCCUCACUGCCCGCUCAGAGACCCCCUUGCUCAGUCAGAUGCUCUGGGGUCAUGGGUAUUCGCAGAAGACUAACUAGAAUGAAUGGGGACAUCACAUCCCAGGCUGACCUUCAGGUUUACCACAGGGCACUCUUAAGAAUUUCCUUAUAUUACCAUCUCUGUUGAUCCUGCUUUCCCCAUCCUUAUCCAAAACAAAGAAUGGUAGUAUCUGCAGGUUCUGUCAUGUUUAAGACCUGAAGCUAUAUCAGUCCAGUCUGCAAUAAUAAAAAUCUUCAAUUAGAAAAAAUAAAAAA